UCUUUCCUCAGCCCCUGCAGGGCCAGCUGGGGGCCUCAAAGGGGGUGCCCUUGGUCCCCAGACUAGGGGAUCCUGGGUUUCUCCAUCAAGGGUGCACUGCUUGGAGUCUCAUUUUCCUCUGGUCGCCUUCAGUGGGAAUUCUCUUAGCUUCUGAACCCAGUCUCCCUCCUCCCACCUGAAGCCUGUCAACAGAGAUUGAACCUGCUGUCUCUCCUUGGUCCCCUGUCCCCAGGAGCAGCUGUGGCCACCAUGAGAGAGUCCCUCAGCGCCCUGGGUUUCGGCGUGGGGCAGCCAGCAACAGCCCCCCAGAGUGAAUCUGGGGGAGGGUCCAGUGAUGUCCUGGAGCAGAUGUUCCCUGCCACAGAGGAAAGAGGGCCGGGAGUGUGCUCAGGGAACAAGGCCCCCAGACCUGAGCAAGGUGCCCACAUGGAACAAGGAGAGCCUCCCUGCGGAGGAAGGUGGGCAGACACAACGCCAGAAUCCCAGUCUAAGGGGACCUGCCCAGGGGAUGAGUGGCUGGUUCAGAAGGUGAAGGUGGAGGAUGAGGAUGAGGAGGCUCAGGAAGAGCUCUCCUUCCUCCCCGGCUUUCUGCCCACACCUGACCUGAGACCUUUGGCCACCUCGUACAAGCUGGAGCCGGGGGCGCCAGGUGGGCUCCUGCUGUCCGGGUGGGCCCCGGUGCCCGAGAAACCCUUCGGCUGCGGGGAGUGUGAGCUUCGCUUCCGAGACCGGCUGACCCUGGGGCUGCACCAGCGGCUGCACCGCGGCGAGGGCCCGCGCGCUUGUCCCUACUGCGGCCGACGCUUCGCGCAGCGCGUGCACCUGCUGCUGCACCAGCGUAGCCACGGCGGCGCAAGGCCCUUCGCGUGCCCAGAGUGCGACAAGCGCUUCAGCAAGAAGGCGCACCUGACCCGCCACCUCCGCACGCACACCGGGGAGCGGCCUUUCCCGUGUGCAGAGUGCGGGAAGCGCUUCCGCCAGAAGAUCCACCUGGGCGCGCACCAGAAGACACACUCCGGCGAGCGGCCCUUUCCGUGCGCCGAGUGCGGGAAGAGCUUCCGCAAAAAGACGCACCUGGUCCGCCACCAGCGCAUCCACACGGGCGAGCGGCCCUUUUCGUGCGCACACUGCUCGCGCAGCUUCACGCACCGGCAGCACCUGGCGCGGCACCAGCGGGUGCAUGAGGCCCGGCCCCUUGGCACCCCAGGCCCGGGCUGCGUCUCCACUGCGCCGCCCAGGGCCGGCCCCGACCACGUCGCCCCCGGGCAGCACCUGGCACAGCACCGGCGGGGACACUCGAGCGAGCGGCCUUUCGCCUGCACGCAGUGCGGCCGCCGCUUCCGCUCCCGGCCCAACCUGGCGGCGCACGCCAGGGCCCACAGUGGCGCCAGGCCCUUCACCUGCGCGCAGUGUGGCCGCUGUUUCGGCCGCAAGUCGCAUCUGGGCCGCCACCAAGCAGUGCACACGGGCAGCCGGCCCCACUCCUGCGCCGUCUGCUCUCGAAGCUUCAGUUCCAAAACUAACUUGGUCCGCCACCAGGCCACCCACACGGGCUCGCGCCCCUUCACCUGUGCGCACUGCGCCAAGAGCUUCAGCCGCAAGACACACCUGCUGCGGCACCAGCGCAUCCACGUGGAUGCAACCCCCCACGAAGUUUCCAGCUCUGCCUUUGCCUAGCCUGCUGCCAGCAAGGGGGCGCCUUGCCCUCCCUCAUUCUGAAUCUCCUCUUUUCCCAUGCUCCUCCCCCUUUGCACCUAGUGGGGACACGGUGCCCUGCAGACGUUUGAACAUUCUACGAUGUGGCACCACGAGUGUGAACAUCCCUGGGAGCAGCUCAGGCCAGGUUCUUGGAAGAACCCCUCCCCAAGGCCCCAGGUACCCUUUAAGAAGGCAGGGAAAUGCUCUGCCAAGGCAGGCUGGACUUCUGUUAUUCCACACACACCCCUCCCCUGGGGAAAGGGUUCGCUAGGUAUUUGAAGUUUAUUAAAGGCAAACACAGAAGGCCCUGAGUUCUACUGGUCAGCAUGAAAGUCUCUCUCCCUGUCCCAUUCCACCCCCACCCCCAACACACACAAUUGCCACCUGCGUGGCAGCCUGAGGACACCCUGCAUUUGAUGGUAGAGCCGCCACCUUCACAUUGCCUUCUUCACACACAGCGGGUGCCUGCGCUUCUCUGUCUGGGCAUGCUAACCCUGACUGACAAAGUUUGGUGGCAUGCAGGGUGAACCUUCAUUGCCCCAGCCUCCAUUUCUCCUCUAGGAGUCCUGGUGGUGUGUGGUCAUCAGCUGGGCUGCUAACCACAGAUCAGCAGUGAGA